AUCGCAUUAGCAAUGCAAUCGUGAGAAGUGGGAGAGCUUUUGCAGCGGGUGAUUUCGUCAAGGAGUGUUUGACAAUUGCUGCCCAAGAUGUGUGUCCAAAUCAGAUGCGUGUAUUUUCUCAAAUUAGCCUGUCACGGAACACUGUCACCCGCCGCGUUGAGGACAUGGCCGAAGACGUUCGAGGUCAGAUAGCCCAAAGAGCAAGUCACUUUUCUGCCUUCUCCAUUGCGUGCGAUGAAAGCACCGACAUGUCCGACUCAGCACAGUUGCUGGUGUUUUUGCGAGGCGUCAAUGAGGACUUUGAAGUGUGUCAAGAACUAGCGGGCCUUGAAACAUUGAAAGGGACAACAAAAGGUGUGGAUAUUUUUAUGGCAGUGGAGCGAGUUCUGGACAAGAACGGUUUGAAGUGGGAAACCCUAUCUGGCAUCACGACUGAUGGAGCCCCCGCCAUGGUCGGUAAGCGAGCAGGGCUAACUGCUCUUGUGUCGGACAAGGUCUCCGAGUUUGGUGGCUCGAUUUUAAAGUACCAUUGUAUUUUGCAUCAGGAGCAACUGUGCGCUAAAAACAUGGGCUUGAAAAACGUAAUGCAGGAUGUCGUCGCCAUUGUCAACAAUAUUCGCUCAAAGGCCCUCUCACACCGUCAAUUCAAAGCUCUGCUUGGUGAGAUGGAUGCCCAGUAUGGUGAUGUAUUGUACCAUCAGGAGGUGCGGUGGUUGAGCCGUGGGAAAGUUUUGCGGCGUUUCUUUGAUCUGCGCGAGGAAAUAAGAGAGUUUCAAGCCAUGAAGACGAACAACAUCCAAGUGCCCACGGACAGUCACUGGCUUGCAGACCUGGCUUUUCUUGUGGACAUCACAGAGCUGCUGAAUAUCCUCAAUCUUCAGCUCCAAGGGAGAGACCAGAUGAUCACGCAGAUGUAUGACCAUGUCAAAGCCUUCAAGCAAAAGCUCCAGCUGCUUAGCAGACAUCUUUCAACAGGAAAUUUGGCACAUUUCCCCAGCCUCAGAGAAGUUGGGUUGAUGGAGGAAGACACACCAAAAUACCUCGACAUUCUCAACAAUCUUGAGGUGGAGUUCGACCAUCGCUUUGAAGAUUUUCGUGGAAAUACAACAGCAUUUGAGCUGUUUGCUCAACCUUUUUCUGUGAAUGUGGAUGCAUCAGCUGCGAUUUCAGGUGGUUUGCUGCGGCCCGCCUUCACCCCAUCCUCCUCCAUUCAUCAUAUCCAGCACCAAGGAGAGCUAAUCCAAAAACCUCAUCCCAUCUCCUCAUCAAAUCCAGAUCUUCAGCAUCACCACCAGGUCUAG